AUGAGCUGGCCGCGGCGUGGGGUGGCGCGGGGCGGGGGCGAGCUCGUGGCGGGGCUGGCCGAGGCGGGGGCAGGCCGGGCGAGGGCUGGCCGGGGCGGGGCGAGGGGAGGCCGGGUCGAGCUCACCGGGGCAGGGGGAAGCGGGUCGAGCUCGACGAGGCGGGGCCGGGCAGGGCGGGCGGCACCGGGGCAGGGGGCGGCGCGGGGCUGCACGAGCGCGGGCGGAGCGGAGCGGGCGCGCGGGGUUGCACGAGCGCGGGGCGGAACGGAGCCGAGGGGCGCGGGGUGGCGCCGAGCGGAGCUUGGCGGGCGCGGGGCGGCGCGCGGCAGGUCGGCGCGGGGCGGGGCUUGA